AUGUCUCGCUCCAACGAUCCAGGCCAUUUCUUCCAAACGAGCUCCGCGCUCUCGGAGGAGGCGCGCAAAGCGGAGAAGUCCAAGAACAAGCUCGGCGACCCGAUCAAGCUCACCUCGAAGCUGCUCGCCGUGACGGCGGAUCCGCUGGACGACAAUGGCAUCUACGUAGCCGAGGCGGCGGGAAACGUGCGGAGGAUAGCGCUUGAAGCAAGUGAAACAACACAUACCUUCACCGGUCCAACUGCGCCCUUGACCUCGAUCGCCGUAUCGCCAAAGACGUCGACCCUCUUCGCCGGCUGCUGGGACAAGAACAUCUGGACAUGGCCGCUUCCGUCGUCAUCCUCCUCCUCCGAGCCCUCCUCCACAAAAUCCGCAGCGAUAAAGGGCACGCCGCGCUUCAGCAACGGCCACACCGACUUCGUGAAGUGCCUGCUCGCCUUCUCGCUGGGCGGCAAGGAUCUGCUGGUGUCGGGCGGCGCUGAUGCGUGCAUCAUCGUGUGGGACGUCGAGAGCGGGCAGCAGCUGUACAAGCUCAAGGGCCACACGCGCGGCGUGCUCGCCCUCGCCGUCGACCCGGCCAGCCACACGACGCGCCUCGCGCGCCAGGCGCCCGCCGUCACCAUCCUCUCGGCCGGCAGCGACCGGGAGAUCCGCGCGUGGCGCAUCCGCGCGGACCGCGGGUACCAGAUCCAUGUGGGAAGCGUCGGAAAGGAGGGGGAAGAGCAAGAGCUUGAGCAAGCACCAGCAGGGACCGGCGACCCGGUCGUGACGCCGCUGAUCGCGCACGACACGUCGGUCGACGCGCUCGUCUUCGACUCGGCCGACGACCUGUGGACGGCGUCGGCCGACCGCAGCUCAAAGUGUCUUGCGCGCUCCCGCGCCUUCGCCCACGCAGACACCAGCCUGCCGCAUCCGGACUUUGUGCGCGACGUCGCAGUCGACGACGAGGGCGGCUGGGUCGCCACCGCCUGCCGCGACGAGAACGUGCGCGUCUGGGACAAGGGCGCUGCCGAGUGCGCCCACGUCUUCGAGGGCCACUACGAGGAGGUCACCGGCUUAUGCCUGCUGCCCGGCCAGAAGCUGGUUAGCGUCAGCAUCGAUGGCACUGUUCGCCGGUGGAGCUUGAAGCGCGCAGACGUCAAGAAGGCGCGGGAGGAGGCGGAGAAGGCGAGGAAGGGCGUCGUGGACGAGGACGCGGAGGGGAAGAAGGAGAGCUUGUUGACCGAGGACGAGGAGAGGGAGUUGGCGGAGUUGAUGGAUGAGGAUGAUUAG